GCUGUUUUUUUUCCUUCUUUUUAAAAAUGGCGACCGACAAAGGAUAUGUGUUUACAGGCGUUCAGUUAUUUUUGGUGUUAUUCUUUGUAGAAAGUCAGUGUCGGCUCCAUCAUCUCAUACUAACAGAUGAUGUCCGUCAGAGGGUCCACCUCAACACGUUCGGCUUCUAUAAAAAUGGUUACAUGAGUGUGAACAUGAAGACUCUCAGUGUGAGCGGGGCACCAAACAAGGAUAUUGACAGUUCUACGAUUGGUUUCAGCCUGGACCGAACAAGCAGUAACGGCUUCUCUACUUAUCUGGAUGACGGCCUAGAUUACUGUGUUUUGAAAAAGUUGCCUAGCAGUGAUUUUGCAGUGGUGCUUCUUUUGCUGGACUUCAGAAAUAACCUAGUGAGGAUGAAGACCUCUGCGGAUGAGGGGAUGUUCCCUCAAAUUAUUCCUGUGGUACCAAAGGCUAAGGUGGAUGAAAAUGAGAAGAAACCUCAGUCUGAAGCUCUGAGUCAGCCCAAGGGGGACGUGACUGAGAACAAAGUAGACAUCACUUACGCCCUGCAGCACAAAGGCAAUGCCACUUACUCCUUUCAGUUUUACUUUAAUGUAACAACGGAUGUGCAGCAAGGCCUUUACAACUUCUACUUCCACAACUGCUACUCCUCUAUGGCUGCAAAUCAGGAUGCCUCUUCAGUGAGAAUGCUUAGUUUCAGCAUUGAUAUCACAAUAGAAGAGAAGAAUCCUGACAGCUUUCUGUCUGCUGGAGAGAUUCCUCUGCCCAAACUCUACAUCUGCAUGUCUGUCUUUUUCUUCCUCAGUGGUACAGUUUGGGUACACGUUCUACGCACACGCAGUACUGAUGUCUACAAAAUCCACUGGCUUAUGGCAGCUCUCCCAUUUACCAAGUCUCUUUCCCUCAUUUUCCAUGCAAUUGACUACUACUACAUCUCCAACCAGGGCUUUCCAAUUGAAGGCUGGGCUGUGGUCUAUUAUAUCACACAUCUGCUGAAGGGGGCACUGUUGUUCAUCACUAUAGCUUUAAUAGGUACUGGCUGGGCCUUUGUUAAACACAUCCUCUCAGACAAGGACAAGAAGAUCUUCAUGAUUGUUAUCCCCUUACAGGUGCUAGCAAAUGUGGCAUACAUUAUCAUCGAGUCCACAGAAGAAGGUUCCAGUGAGUAUGGCCUGUGGAUGGAGAUCCUGUUUUUGGUGGACCUGCUGUGCUGUGGAGCCAUUCUCUUUCCUGUUGUGUGGUCUAUCAGGCAUUUACAAGAGGCAUCAGCAACUGAUGGCAAAGCUGCCAUUAAUCUGGCUCAACUGAAGCUUUUUAGGCACUACUACGUGAUGAUUGUGUGCUACAUUUAUUUCACUCGUAUCAUCGCUAUUCUCAUCAAGGUUAUUGUCCCUUUCCAGUGGAAAUGGUUGUACCAGCUGCUGGAUGAACUCGCUACUCUGACCUUCUUUGUCCUAACGGGACACAAGUUCCGGCCGGCCUCCUACAACCCGUACCUGCUGCUGUCUGUGGAGGAUGAGGAGGACAUGGAGAUGGACGACGUGGUCACUACAUCCACAGCCAUGGGGGAGGGCGUUAAGAAGGUGAAGAAGGUGUCUAACGGCCCAUCAGAGGAGCGAGAGAGCAUGGCAUGAUGGGAGAUGUAGUCCCCUGAUCUCAGGGUGCUUCUGGACUUUGUGGCUAGCUACUGAUGUGGUGGACAUUCUUUUAACGAGAGCUUCACUGCCGCCUCCACUUGACCUUGUUUGUGGAUGGCAGCCUGAUCUGUUGAAUUCCUACUGGACCUUCAAUGAUUAUCUCAUGCUGAGACAUUACUGGUCCAAAACCCGUAUGUAUAUCUUUGCAAAUGUUACAUAGACAGAAUGAGGACCGACAGACCGCUAUGCGAUUUUCCUUCCCUUCUCUGUAGUUCUAAUGGAAAUGCUCGCUGCUGUGCUUUUGUCCUCAGCUAACGCAGGUUGUUUUGCCUUUGUUGUUUUUGUUUUUUAUUUAUUUAUUUUUUUUUAUUAAUGACCGCCUUAUGGCAUCUUUUGAUCUGAGACAUACUCUCCAAUAUGCGCCAGACAAACACAAGUCAUUGUAAAGCCAGCUGCUUCUUGUGUGAGUUUCAGUUUCCAAUCUAAAUAUCUCGUUUAGAUCACUGUUCAUUUUAAACACUGACUUAAAAGCUAACUUUAUUUCUUGUAUAAAUGUACAGAUUCUGAGACAAAUGUACAGCAAGAUUCCUACUUUAAAGAGAGCAAAACACAGCAUAUGCAGUUCUAAAAGGUUGUCAUGUUUUCUGUGGCAGGUUCUUGUUUUUCCUCAUUUGGGGUUUAAUAAUGGUAUGUGUGGGUGAAUCUGGGCAAUUCCAAAGCGGAUGUUGCACAUAAAUUGCAGGACUGUAUACUUAAGGAAUCAGUUUUAAUAAUAAUCACAUGUUUGAAGGAUCUGUAUGGGGCUUCUAUUUAAGCAUUUUUUGGUACCAUGUGUAGAAGGUUUUUAAUUUGAUGCUUAAAUAUUUUGCUUAUUUUCAGAAAUCUGUGGGCAAGCUAGAUGAAGUGAUGACAUUUUCCCAGUAUUAAACUGUGCAAUGGUUUGAUUUACAUUCAUGAGUAUUUUUUUUUUACUUUUGAAUGAUUAAAUUUUGAACAUUUAAUAUUUUUUUCUGAUCACUAUUGCAAGCUAGUUCCAGAGAGAAUCUCAAUUUUCACACCACUAUAAACAUGUUAGUCUUGUUGAAAAAAUUCAGGCUUAAGUGGGUUCUUCUCCCACAGAAAUAUAUGCACUUGGGACAUUUAUUGUCUUAUUCUUAGAAAAUGUCCAUAACUUGUGUUUACAUGCAUUAUUGAAGCUGGUAUUGACAAAGAAUAGGUUACAUAUAUGGCUCAUGCCAGAUAAUUUUCAGUAAGUGGCUAUUAAAGUCAGUGAGUUGGUAUAUUACAGUUCAUCCAAGUUUUCUUCAUUUCACUUUCCUACCUGAUUGAGCUCCAGAAGGGCCUGAUUUUUAGCUGUUGGUGUGAAUCUAAUGCAGAGUAAACGCUAAGUGGUGCAGCACAGAUGAAUUAUUGGACUGGUGGUCAAAAAUUCUGUUUUCCCAAUUGCAACUAAUCUACCCCACAGCUUUAAUCUCAUUGGUGAUGUAAUGAAUUUCCCCAGUCUGUUACUUUCUUAAAAUUAAAAAAAAAAGAAUCCUC